AUGCCGGAUGAAGAAGAAACUUCUCGUUUAGCAUGGACCAAGCGUCUAUCUCGUCGAUUGAACAAACGAAGUUCAUCUCUAAUCGCUUCACUGCUUGGCAGUAGAAAUGGAGCAACUUCAAGUAAAACAAUAAAUGAGCCAACAACUACUGAAGAUGAAUUGGAUGAAGAAAGUAUGGAAGAAAUGAAGAGAAGAGAGUUGAUAGCUGCAAGAAGAGCAUCUGCUGCUCCAAAUGUUGAAAAUCGAGUCGGAAAUCGGCAUGGUGGAAAGGAGAAAAGUACGUCGAGACGGAGAAGUGUUGAUCGCAUUUAUGCUUAUAAGGUUAAGGAGCAUGUGAACACGCCUCCAGGGGAUAAUCAGCAGAAAUCAUCGAAAGAAAACCAGAAAUCUAAUAAGGAUAAACAGUCGUCAAAUCAGCCACCCGGUCAAAUUCCGCAUUCAACAAAUAGCGGAACAAGGAAAUCGAGUGGAAGCGGAUUGAAAACUGCAAAUUUGAAACAUCCGGCGCGCCCAUCAACAGAAUCCUCAACUUCUUCAUCACAUCAUCGACGUCCUGCACAAGAAAUGAACGGAACGUCGACGGCAACUGCCACCGGUGGCGGAGGAACAUCUGGAGCCACCACAACGGCAUCAUCAGGAGCACCGGCUGCUUCAUCGGGUGGAAGCUCGGCUAGAUAUUCGAGUAGUGGGAGAUCCCAUCCAACGUCUGGAAGCUCUUCAUCACAUGCACGAUCUACUGGACAAUCGGGUAUGUCAAGUCGAUCGGCAGCACGACGCAACGAUCAGGAUGUACACGUUGGAAAGUAUAAGCUAUUGAAGACUAUUGGAAAGGGAAAUUUUGCAAAGGUAAAACUCGCAAAGCACGUGAUAACCGGACAUGAAGUCGCUAUAAAAAUUAUCGACAAGACUGCUCUGAACCCAUCGAGUCUUCAAAAAUUGUUCCGAGAAGUGAAAAUUAUGAAACAAUUGGAUCAUCCGAAUAUUGUGAAAUUAUAUCAAGUGAUGGAAACUGAACAGACACUGUAUUUAGUACUCGAAUAUGCAUCCGGUGGUGAAGUAUUUGAUUAUUUGGUUGCACACGGAAGAAUGAAAGAGAAAGAAGCAAGAGCCAAAUUUCGACAAAUUGUCUCUGCUGUUCAAUAUUUGCAUUCGAAAAAUAUAAUUCAUCGAGAUUUGAAAGCUGAAAAUUUGCUUCUCGAUCAAGAUAUGAAUAUUAAAAUUGCUGAUUUUGGAUUUUCGAAUACCUUCUCACUUGGAAACAAACUCGACACAUUUUGUGGAUCUCCACCGUACGCUGCUCCAGAAUUAUUUUCCGGUAAAAAGUACGAUGGUCCUGAAGUAGAUGUUUGGAGUCUUGGUGUAAUUCUCUAUACUCUUGUAUCCGGAAGUCUACCAUUUGAUGGACAAAAUUUGAAAGAGCUUCGAGAACGUGUGCUCCGUGGAAAAUACCGUAUCCCGUUCUAUAUGUCAACGGAUUGUGAGAAUUUGUUGAAGAAAUUCCUUGUUAUCAAUCCACAAAGGAGAUCAUCAUUGGAUAAUAUUAUGAAAGAUCGAUGGAUGAAUGUGGGAUAUGAAGAUGAUGAGCUUAAGCCAUUUAUUGAGCCACCAAAAGAUCAAAUUGAUGAACAGAGAAUUGAGAAAUUGAUUCAGAUCUUCCAACUCGGAUUCAACAAAGCCGCCAUUUUGGAAAGCGUCGAGAAGGAAAAGUUUGAAGAUAUUCAUGCAACGUAUUUGCUUUUAGGAGAACGAAAAUCUGAUAUGGAUGCCAGUGAAAUCACAAUGGCCCAAUCACUGCUCAGCCAUUCGUCAAUCAAUGUUUCGUCGUCUCUGGGUCAGCACCCGGCCGGUGUUAUCACUAGGGAGCAUGUGACGUCAUCAUCAGCGUCUGGAAGCUCUGCUUCACCAUCCCGAUACUCUCGAUCCUCAGCAACAGCCACAGGUGCAUCAAUCACUGCAGGAUCAGCGCUCGCAUCGGCUGCGAAUGCUCAGAAACAUCAGCAAUCAUCGGCAGCUCCAUCGUCAGGAUCUUCGUCGUCGAGGAGAAGCUCGCAAAACGAUGCGGCAGCGACGGCGGCUGGUGGUACUGUAGUGAUGAGUGGAACAAGGCAUGGUGGAGUUCAGAUGAGAGCUCAGCCGACGAGUCGGCAAGCGACAAUCAGUUUAUUGCAACCGCCGAGUUAUAAGCCUUCCUCCAACACCACGCAAAUUGCUCAAAUUCCGCCACUAUUCAAUAGAAACUCAACGGCAACCUCAUCAGCUGCUCAACCUUCAACAGGAAUCACCGGUACUCGAAAGAUUGCUGAUCCAAAAGGACGAAUUCCGCUCAAUUCGACUGCUGUACAAGGACAUCGAACUGCAACAGGUGCAGUUGCAGCCAAUAAUGGUGGUAUUCCAAGUCAUCGGGAUCAUGCUCAGCAGCAGCAGUAUAUGAAUCAACUCACCUCGUCGACAAUGAUGUCAAAGCUCAUCAAUAAGACUCCAGCGGCUGGUGGUACUGCAGCCACGUCAUCUUCUUCCUCAUCGUCUGCCACGUCGACAGCGCCACUUCAGAAAUCUGGAUCACAAAUCUCGCACGCACCGACUGAACCAGUCAUUCGAGAAGACGACGACGAGAAUAACAGUGAGAAUCAGAAUGGAAAUGUUCCAUUGAUCGGAGGUGUCGGACCACAAACCUCUCCAGCUGUUCAAGUACCAACAGAAGAUGCAACUUCAUCAUCAGACAAGGAACAACAGCAGCAGAAAGCAUCCAGUGAGACACCCAAAGAGUCCAACCCGAUCGUCUGGCAGAAUUUGCAUCUCAACAGUCUUCUGAAAUCUUUGUUGGAUUCUUCGGCAGCUACAUCAUAUGAAACUCCACGGAGGCCAGGAAUAGCUGGAAGACGUUCGGAACCAUCAGCAGCAACGCCUCGGCGACGUCAUCAGACAAUGGUGGUUGAUGCGCGACAUCUUCAGACACCUCCAGACACUGAUAGACCGUAUCAUUUUGAAGAUACGACGCUUGAUCGUCAGAUGAGAGCACUCUACGUCUCAACUGCUUCGUCAAGAAUGACACGUGGUGUACUUCCAACUCCACCCACCUCGAAUUCCACGUCAUCGAGCUUUAUUGUGGAACCGUUGACACAUGUUGCUGCUGCAUCACCAGAUAUUACUACAACAACACCGACGAAGUCAACUGUGACGACGUCGCCAUAUUUUAGGCGAACACCGUCAUUUCGAAUGGCCGUCGAUGAUCCACCAAUCUCCAUCAAUGCCUCCAUCACAGAUGAUGACUGCGAUGGAAUCAUUGAAAUUGAGCGAGAGUGGUCAAACGGGGGGACCGACAGUGGCGACGGGAGGUCCACCACAACGAGCCACAUCACAGCAAAUGUCUCGUUCGGCAACAACCAAUAGUGCAAAUAUGGGUGCAUCAUCAGGAGGUGCUGCUGCUGCUGCUUCUGCCACAAAUCAAUUAUCGGGUGCUCCUUCUUCUACGGGUGCUUCUAGUCAGCAAUAUCAUCCAAAAGCUCCAUCAUCAUCUUCAUCUUCAUCUACAAAUCCACCACAUCAACAUCAACUAACACAUAACGCGUCGUUCUCGGUGACACCAUCAUCAUAUCAAAUUCCAACAUCAACAGCUGUGAACGUUACCUCCACUGGAAUGCCAACAUCAUCAUCUUCAUCAGCUUUCCCUAGAAAUACUCGUAAUCGACAGACUUUCCAUGGAAAAACGGAGAAGGACAAGGGAGGCGACGACAGUUCUGAUGAAAUUGGAGAAACUCCGGGCAAUGUUUCAAUUGGAGCAACUGGUCCAUCGGCCAACAAUGCAGAAGCAACAAUCUGGAGCAAAUUGAGCAAAUUGACGAGACGUAGCAGCACGGCAGCCGCCCAUCAGCCACGUGGAUCCUCGCUUCACCAUUCGAUGUCGAUGACACAAAGAGAUCAUAAUCGAGAAAGUAUGACCCAGCCAGUAUCAGGACGUGCUGGAACCAUCGGAGCAUCACAAGGACAGCAAACCGCGGCGGCUCUUGCUGCGAUUCGGGAACAGUCUGGCCCAAUUGCUCCAGGUGCCGGACAAGUUGCACCAUCGCUUCCGAUUCAUGAAGGAGACGUCAAGCCACGAUCAUUGCGGUUCACGUGGAGUAUGAAGACGACUUCUUCAUUGGCUCCGGAUGAUAUGAUGAGAGAAAUUCGAAAAGUUCUUGACGCUAACGGUUGUGACUACGAGCAACGGGAACGAUACAUGAUUCUGUGUGUGCACGGUGAUCCGAAUACAGACUCACUUGUUCAAUGGGAGAUGGAGGUCUGCAAGUUGCCACGUCUCAGUCUGAAUGGAGUUCGAUUCAAACGAAUCUCGGGAACAUCGAUUGGCUUCAAGAAUAUCGCUUCGAAAAUAGCCCAAGAGCUGAACCUUUAGAGCUGAACCUAUUGAUGAUUGUUCUUUUCAUGUUUCAUUUGUCGCCCCUUCACUCUCUCUCUCUAACCGCCUCACGUUUUUAUCCAUGUCUCGAUAUUCUCGCUUCUCUCGUCACCCAACACAUCAUCAGUCAUUGUAAACUGAAAUUCAGAAAUUUAUGAAAAAAGCAGCGAUUUCAGUGAAAAAUUGCUGAAAUUAACUUCUGUUCAAUUCGUCUCCUCCUCCCAAUUCAACAAUCCCCCUCUUCCAGUACGGUUUUCUCUUUUUUUUUUGGAUAUUUUCAAAUUCAUCGUUGUAGGUGAUUGCUCCCCCCGUCCCCCUACCGUAUCCUUGUUUUAUAAAACCUCUAUUUUUGUGUCUUCAUCGUCGUCGCCGCUUCAAAUUGCAUUUUUCUUUUUCAAACCCAUCGUUUCAUAUUUCGCGCCUUCCCCCCGAUGAUAUAACCAAUCCAUCUUAUCUUAUAAGUUUUCUCGAUAUCCCAUUGAUUUAAAUAUUAUUAUAAUUAUUAUUCGAUUAUUGACUACUCUUCUUUUUUUAAAUUUUUUUUCUAUGUGUCUUUUAGGGUAUUCAUCGCGUUUUUUCUUCCUUUUCUUUUUUCAUAUUUUAUUUUUCUCCCUUCCCACCCCAGACUACCCAUAACUUACCGUAGUCCCCCCUGUCCCCAUAUAAUUCUCCAUACAACCCUCACAACAUUUUCCCUUGUCUCCGAAACAUUUGUUUUCCUUGCGCCCUCUGUGAUGAUCAAAUGAAGAAUUG